ACACUUCGCCAAACACCGCAUCCACCGCGACAACAGCCAAGCCAAACCAACGAGCGAGCAUGGCCCAGCCGAGCGUCGUCUACGACCUGCUCCUCACCACGCUGCGCGUCCUCGCCUCAAUGGGCGCAGCGUGCUGGCGCUGGGUACGACCGCCGCGCGCCAAGAGCGUGGCGGGCGAGGUGUGCCUCGUGACGGGCGCCGGCGGGGGCCUCGGCCGCCUCUUCGCCCUCGAGCUGGCGUCUCGAGGCGCCACCCUGGUGCUGUGGGACGUGGACGAAGCCCGCAACGAGGCGACCGCGCGCCGGGUGCGCGCGGCCGGGGCGCGCGCGCACACCUACACGUGCGAUGUGAGCGCACGGCACAGCGUGUACGCGGCGGCGGAGAGGGUCCGCGCCGAGGUGGGCGACGUGACGGUGCUCGUGAACAACGCCGGCGUGGUGUCGGGAAGGCCCCUUCUCGAGUGCCCCGACGAGCUGCUCGAGAGGACCAUGGCCGUGAAUUGCCACGCGCUCUUCUGGACGACCAAGGCGUUCCUGCCACACAUGCUGGAGACCAACCACGGACACCUCGUCACCGUCGCCAGUUCCUUGGGUUUGUUCAGCACGGCUGGCAUCGAGGAUUACUGCGCGAGCAAGUACGGGGCGGUCGGCUUCCACGAGUCGCUGGCGCACGAGAUCCGAGCGAUGGAGAAGGACGGAGUCCACACGACGCUCGUGUGCCCCUACCUCGUCAGCACCGGCAUGUUCCAGGGCUGCCGUAUACGGAAGGAGAUUGAGACGUACAUUCUGCCGCCCUUGAAGCCCGAGUUUUGCGUGAGCCAGGCGAUGAGGGCCAUCCUCACCAACCAGGCGAUGAUCUGUAUCCCACGCCUUAUGUACCUCACCGUCUUCAUGAAGAGCAUUCUGCCGUGGGAGGCGAUCGUCACAUUCUACCGCUUCGUGGGGGCCGACAAGUGCAUGUACCCGUUCUUCGCCGAGCGGAGGCGAGCCCUCAACAACAACCAGAAGGACACGCCGUGGGACAUGAACUCUCCCGAGCCGGCGUGCAAUGGGCAGAAGGAGAUCUGAGCGUGCGCGUGAAUGUGCGGUUACGUGUGUGUAUGUGUGUGUGUGUGCGAUGCUUGUGCGCGUGCGUGUGUGUGCGCGUGGGUCAGUGAGUGCCUGUACAUGUGUACGAGUUUUUUGGUCUUUGAAAGCCAUUAAAAGCGCGUGUCCCUUACCACCUUUCAUUGCGUCAAAGUUGAAAACCAUCAGUGUUAAAGUAGGGAUGAGGUUAGGGAUUUAACCGUAUCAGAUUUUUUUAGGACAUUUUUAGAUCAUGACAACGAUAUGAUAAUGUAAAGUGUCUUAGUUCUAUCGAUGGUAGCAUUGCCGGAUGCCACAAAAAUGCGGAAAUGACGUAAUGUUCGUUACACCACUGGCAGUUUUCAGAUCAAUCUGAAACAAACUAAAUAUUUGGAUCAUGUGAAAGUUAAUUUCUAGGCUGGGUUUUUAGAUAUUUCAGAUUAAAAUAUGACCCUUUUCCACCAUCAGUCAUUGGCAUCUCGACUGUGAUUUUCUUAAAAAUGAAUAAUCAUAUUUGUCAUGAACAUCAAUCAUCACGUCAUUAUUCGCUCAUUACUGCAAUUACUUCAGUGCAUGGGUGUUACCAGAUUUCCAUCAACAUCAUCAUCAUUAUUUACAUAAUCGUCAAACUGGCACAUCCUUAUCACAAGCAUCUUAUCGUCCCAGACACCAGCAUUGUUACCGCCAUUGUAGGCUACCUGUACAAUAAGCGAACUGGUCCUGGUCAAGAAAGGGAUCGGACUCUUUUCUGUGCUGGCAUUGAUGCAUGGUUUAGGAUGUUUAGUUUGUUGUCCUUCCCUGCACCUCCGAUUAACACGUUUGGCUACGUACGGUGCGAGGAAGCGUACAUAGUGGUGUCAGCAGUUCAACCCACCCAGCAAGCUGUAAUAAAAAUACAAACCUUACUAUUACCCAGUGGCGAUUGUCGCAUCCGUUACAUAGGGGGGCACCACCUCUUGCAGGGUUGCACCCAUGUGGACGGUGGCAUGGCCAAGCAGUAGCUCGCUUCUCGCUUGUCGAGGAAGUUAUUGGAUCGAGCUCAGUGGCCACCCUGGUUAACAUUGCCCAUAAAUACUACGCGCCAUCCCGCUUCGUGAUAUAUGUUAAAGGAUCGGUUCACUUGACCAAUGCUGCCACUAGAGGUGCUACAUUCAUCGCUAUGUUACAAAAAAACGAUUGAUUCUUGAAUCAAAUCACUACCCCCCGAAAGGGAGUCGGGACGGGGGUGGGGGGAGCGAUAUGUUUGUAGCUGAAUCAAUAGCAACAGACUCUGUGACCUACUUGAAUAGAAUAUCCGCUGAUGUUGCUGCUGCUAUGUCAAGAUAUCCCUGCUUUGUGUUUCCCUGGCAGACAGCCCAGUAAAACGUGUUACGUUGGGCCCAACGUUGGCAUGUGUUUGGGCCAGUAAAAAUGUAACGUUGGCCCAACGUUCCACGUGAACCCAGAGAGUGUCUUCUGAGCUGCUCGUGAGAAUCGCACAAGGCCAAGGGUCCUCGAUCCAACAAGUCCAUGGGCCCCGAUGCUGAGAUGCAUGUUGAGACACAUUCAAUGCACGUGCUACGUUUUUUUUUUGCACAAGCAAGCACGCAGCUCUACCUUUACUUGCCGCACCUGUACGUGAGCAUUGACCGCGCAGUCGUAUAACAAACGAACGAACGGAGACGUGUAAACGGUCGAGUCGUACGACCGUGCAGGGGGACCUCGCGAUGCUAGAAGUGCUGAAGACCGUUGACGCGACGUGAGGACGAGUGCGGGGCACUGGACCGCGCGCCACCAAUGUGGUGGGUGGCGAGUGGCCCGCCACGUCUCGACGGUAGGGGGUUCACUCCCCUCUACACAGUGGUGGAAGUUUCGCUUUCCCCACGGCUGCCGCAACGUAACGGUCAGCGCGCUGGAAUUUUGUGAUCCGGAGGCCGCGGCCGGUCAGAUUCGAUCUCCCGACGCGGCGGUUGAAAACAACGGCGCGGGGUUUCGUAAAUUCCUUCGCACCUCUGACCACCGGGUGGUACAAAUAGAGAAACAACGCAGCAGGUUGUGUGAUCUGGGAUAAAUGGUGGGUGACUUACACCGCUUUCAAGACAUCUGCCCCCAGGCAUUGAAGAGUUGGCCAAACAGAAUCUCUGAGGAGUUCUCCACAGUUCGGUCGAGUGGAGGCCCUUCCACCAGGAGGGAAAAUUGCAGGGCUGCACCUUUACCUGUGGCAGGGGUGCGUCAUUGUGUAGGAUAACAACCGGUGACUUGCCACAAAGUGGCGCACAGCUUAUUGACCCCCCCCCCCCAGAGGGAUGAAGGGCUCAUUUGAUGUCUGACAAAACGCAACCUUAAAAUGAAUGACAGUAAUUGGGUGCUGCCUAAUCCUUCCUGACACUCCUACUAUAGGGAUCACACUUAACUCCAGACCUGCUGGGUUGCAGUUGCUAUCGUUCUCCAGUAGAGAUUAGUUUCGGAUUAAAAAACAAAUUCGGAUGUUGAAUUGUUGAAGGCCACUUUGGACUUUUUCCAGAUCUUCGGAUCAUUUACACGAUGUAACUCAUUUGACGCGUCUUGGUGCUAACACGUGACAUCACCCGUGACGUCACUGUUGGUGGGAAAGCUGCGGAGGUGACGUCAUAAAAUCGACGGCACUCUUUGUGACGUCAGGUUUUCGGACCAUCCACAUUUUCGCAUCGAGGCCCGGUUUUCUGAUUUCUUUUUUUUUGGAUGAAGAAUUUUUUUUGGGAAUUCGUCCCAAGUCCGCUGCAGUUUGAUGUCCUCGGAUAUUGACUCGGCCGCUGUUGAUCGUGGCCAGCAGCUAAGAAGUUGUGCUGCAGCGGUACUCCUCUAGGAGAGCUGCUAUCAGCUUCAUAUUCUCGCCCCAUUUUACCAGUAAACAAAACAUGUCACCUCCAUUUCACGCUCUCCUUUGUGAAUCUCUGUGAGUCUUUUACUCCCGGAUCACAUCGGUUCCUUCCCUUCUCUAUUCAUACGUUCACGUCUCUUUCCGUGUCCCUAGAUUUCUUGUUUUUUUAU